AUGCAGGACAUUAUCCACAAGGUGGUCAAGGACAACUGGCUCACUACCGCGGCCGACUUGGCAGGCCUCAGCAUCUCGGAGAUGCAGCAAAUGGGAGUGCCAGGAGCUUUGGGGAAAGCAGUUCUUGGCGUUCUUUCUGGCAGCUCUGGCGUGCUCGGUCAAUCCCAGGCACCAGCGAGAGCCAUCACAUGGCUAGUCAAGACAGGGCACCUCUUCCAGGGCAAGCUCUACGCCGCGGGGCAGCGGGGUAAGGAGGUGGCCGUCUUCGUCAACAGUGUUUGUGAGGAUGCUGAGCUGCAAGCCUCGUGCAAUCUUCGGGCGAAGGUGUGCGUCGCCGGCAAGGAGAUGACAGUAUGGGAUGCCACGGGGAGGUGCUUUUUGGAUGCUGAGAAUCGGCAGGCUUUGGAGCUGCAACCGGUGGAGAUGGUGCAGGGAACGACAGAGCCCCCGUUGCGCAUGGUCGGCAAAUUCGACUUGCGCUACCAGAAGAAGCCCAGACUCGGCGGGAAGUUGUCCACUGCUGAGCUUGGCAAACCAGGAAGCUGGCUUUGCAAGACAUCGACCUUUACCUCUUUUGAGCUUGAGCUCAGAUCCACGGCGGCCGAGAGGGGCAUCGCCUCGCCAUCAGAGGCAGAAGCAGCGGUGAUCGACAAGCUCCAAGACGUGCAGAAAGACACCAGCGUGGUGACGGCGCUGGUCCGCGAGCUCGAGGUUGCGCUUCAGCCCUAUGCUGAGUCUUCGGUACCAGUCGUUGGCAAGUGGCUUCAGCGCCUGAAGAACCUCUCUGAUGACAAGGAGGUCAGUCUUCCAAAGGCGAUGUUAACUGGUGCGACUGGAAGUGGAAAGAGCUAUCUAAACAAUGCCAUCCUGGGAUAUGUGGGCUUGGUGCCCUCCGACUGCAGCACUGGCCGGGCGGUGUCAUCAGCCAACGUCAGGUGCCAGCACCGCUCGUGGUCUGCAUCAAUGCAAGAUGGGCCUGGAGAGUGGCUUCUGAAGCUUCUCUCCGGCAGCAGUGAGAUCAGCAGCCCAGAAGACAGCGUCAACCACAAAAGAUUCGGAGCUGAGAUUCAGCUGCUGACACAGGAUGAAUGGACGAACGAGUGCUCAGACUACGCAGCUACCAUAUGCCACUUCUGGCUGGAGGAGCGGUUUGAAAAGAGGAUCCAGAAGAAGCGGCCAACAGACACGGAUUCCGGUGCAUCCGAAGCAUGGGACAAGCUUGUGGCAGUGUACUCUUAUGGUCUCCUUACAAGAGGGAAGAGCAAAAGCUGGGCAUCUGCGGAAGAGCUCCUGAAGCACCUGGCGCAGCUGAAUGAAUCGAGCAAGAUCGUGAAGAAGCUCGGGAAGCCAAUAUCACAUGAGUGCAAUGAUGUGGAGGGCUUCAGCACCUACAUUCAAAGUUACGUGCGCUCGGAUUCUGCAGAUCCUUCUUACACAAACUACUGGCCGGUGGUGAAGGACAUACUUAUCAAGGGGCCGUUCGAGCGUCUGAGAGGCUUUGCACACAUGAUGGAUUGUGUCGGGUGUGGUGACAGCAACACAGCCCGCGACACUUUGACGAAGCAGCACGAAAGGGAGUCAGAUGUUGUUUUCAUUGUCAGUGACAUUGCGCGCUGUGUCAGCAACAACGUUACCAUUGAGCUCCUGAAGACGCAGCUUCGAUCCAUCUUGCUCAGAUGUUCGCAGUCUGACCUUGCAUUUGUUUGCACCAAGGCAGAUGUCAUCACCGAGCGAGAAGCCCAAUGCACCUUGCGCCUUCAUGACGAAGCCAGUUUCAGGGAUUGCGUAGUGGCCCGCAACAAGCUUGUUCGGAAGAAUAUGCAGAAGGAGAUUCGACAGAUGAUGUGCGACAUGCAACGCGAAGAGGAAGACAGCACUUUCUCCUGGCUGAAGUUUCCGGUUUUCUGCAUUUCCGCCAAAGCCUACAUGACAGUGUUGGGUGCAGAGAAGCCUUCGGCUGGGCUGGACGAGCUGGAUUUGAGGGACACUGAGGUUCCAGAUCUCGUCCGCCUCCUUCAGAUGCAAGCUCUGCGACAUGGCAAUAGGGCAUCGCAGGGUGUGUCCACGCGAUUGGUGGAGGCAGCAUCCCUAAUUUGCAGCUUCCUGGGAAAUGGAGAUACCGUGGAAGAGCACAAGACGUUGUGCAAAACCACCUUUUCGGAGCAAUGUCAGAUCUUCCAGCAAGCACUGAAGCGCAAGCUCGACAAGUUCAUGCGUGAUGCAGAGGUCUUGUUCAGUGAAGGCCUUCUGAAAAGCAUCCGGGAGGGCUCUCGUCUGGCGGGCCUCGGGGCUCCCAAGGUCGCGGAGGCUUGGCACGGCUAUCAUCCCACCUCCUACUGCGCCGCAGCGCGGAAGAGCGGCAUCAACCCGAAGUCGCGACGAGGUGAGAUCCACUGGCCGCGAGAGUUAUCCAAAGGAUGCUACGAUGCUUUCCAGCCCAAGUGGAUGGAGUUGUUUGGGAGCCAACUUCCAAAAUUGUACGAAAGCUUCGAACAGAUCCUCAGGGAAGAGAUGAGGGGCUUCCACGAGCACAUGGCACAGAAGCUGCCCCAGAUCCCGAACUUGGAAGAUAUCCAGGCGUCAGUUGAGAUUGAGGGCUACUUGCAGCGAGUUCGCAUCAGUAGCGAGGAAGAAGAGCAGAUGACCAAGAGGGAGCUGUGCGAGGAAGUAAUCCGCAACGUCCAGUUCAACUUGAAGUCUACCUUUGAAGAUGCAAAGGACAUCAAGGGCAAAGGUUGCUUUGCCAGGAUGAAGGAGCACAUCGAUGGAUCGGUGCAAAACAUCAAGUGGCAGGAAGUUACUCAGGGACUUCUUCAAGGUUGUGAGGAAUUCUUGUAUACCUUCCAGCAGCUCAACGAAAAGGCUACGCGAGAUUUGCCGCAGUUGUUGGAAGAUGGCUAUGAAGUCCUUUGGCAUGAUCUGGACGAAGCUGCCUUGCGGGCAUGGCGUGACCUGAGAGAAGCUGUGUUGCCCACAGCUCUCCAGAUCAAAGCCAAGGCUGAAGCGCUGAAGGCGCGUGUUGAAGAGCGUGCGCAGCUCUCAGCUGACGGCACUGUGAUUGUAGAUGAUGGGGAGGACGAAGAGGACCGGGAAAGCGUCCAAGAUGCAGCCGGGAUGAAGGACGAGCAUGCAGAGGAUGGGGAAGAAGAGCACAUGUCUGAGGACGCGGAGGAGGUGGAGGAGGAGGAGCAGACGACACAUCACGCCAGAGAAGAGGAGAUGUCUGAUGGUUGGGAGAAAAUGGAGGAAGAGAAUGCAGAAGACAGCGAAGAGCAGGAGGAGCCAGAGGAAAGCCGGCAAGAGAAGAUCGAGCCGGUAACACCGCAUGGGGCCGAAGCUUCAGAGACGCAGUCAAACCACGAGGAGGAAGGCGCCGAGUCUGCUGAAUCCCAGGGCCUCGAGGAGGAGCAUAGCGACAAGGGAAUGAAGCGCAAACGUGAAGAUAGCCCACAUGCGGUUCGGAACACGCCCACGCCUCUCGCAAUCUUCCGGAGGCUGACUGGCUGA